CUUUUAGAGUUCAUCUCAAUCUGCACGACUCGUUUAUUAUCUAUAGGCCUAUUCUGUCCAUUCACGACGGAAACGAUGAAUGACGGUGACGACCUUCGCAUGUCACAUGCAAAAUCAUCGCAAGAAAACCUUACAGACGCAGUAAUUUAGGUCCCAUUUUUCGUUGCGGUUGCCUUGCCGCCUUCACCUUCUCAGUUUCCUCUAUAAACAUCUCUCUGUGUGAAUAUACUCAGAACUCAGAACGUAACAACAGUAGUUGUGAACAAGUAUGGCUGCUAAGCUUAUGCAAGCGGUUUGGUAUGAAUCUUAUGGAGGAGGAGUUGCUGGUUUGAAGCAUGUUGAAGUUCCUGUUCCUGCUCCUAAUAAUGAUGAGGUUUUGCUUAAACUGGAAGCAACGAGCUUAAAUCCAGUUGAUUGGAAGAUACAGAAAGGCUGGUUGCGUCUUGUUUCACCUCGCAAACUUCCUUUCAUACCUGCUUCUGAUUUUGCAGGAGAGGUAGUGGAGGUUGGAAAUGGAGUGAGAAGUUUCAAACCUGGUGACAAAGUUGUGGCGGUUACUUUUGCCCUUGGUGGUGGACUGGCCGAGUAUGCUGUCACCAAGGAGAGCUUGACAGUUCCAAGGCCACCUGAAGUAUCAGCUGCUGAAGGUGCGGGCCUGCCUAUUGCGGCUCUUACGGCUCACCAGGCCCUUACCCAAGUUGCUGGGGUCAAGCUCGAUGGUAGUGGCUCACAAAAGAAUAUCCUCAUUACAGCUGCUUCGGGUGGGGUGGGUCACUAUGCAGUUCAACUGGCAAAACUGGGUAACACACACGUGACGGCCACUUGUGGAGCACGCAAUAUUGAUUUGGUGAAGAGCUUAGGGGCUGACGAGGUUCUCGAUUACAAGACGCCAGACGGAGCAGCUCUGAAGAGCCCAUCAGACCAGAAAUAUGAUGCAGUAAUUCACUGCGCCACAGGCAUCCCUUGGUCCACCUUUAAGCCUAAUUUGAGUGCAAAUGGGAAAGUAAUAGAUCUCACUCCUGGCCUCAGUACCAUGUGGACCGUGGCUCUAAAUAAACUCACAUUCUCUAAGCAGCAGCUGGUGCCACUGAUUGUAAGUCCCAAAAAGAGUAACCUGGAUUAUCUUGUUAAGUUAGUCAGUGAAGGGAAGCUGAAAACCUUGGUUGACUCAAAAUAUCCACUUAGCAAGGCUGAAGAUGCGUGGGCUAAGAGCAUUGAUGGUCAUGCUACUGGAAAAAUUAUCUAUGCUGUCACCAAGGAGAGCUUGACAGUUCCAAGGCCACCUGAAGUAUCAGCUGCUGAAGGUGCGGGCCUGCCUAUUGCGGCUCUUACGGCUCACCAGGCCCUUACCCAAGUUGCUGGGGUCAAGCUCGAUGGUAGUGGCUCACAAAAGAAUAUCCUCAUUACAGCUGCUUCGGGUGGGGUGGGUCACUAUGCAGUUCAACUGGCAAAACUGGGUAACACACACGUGACGGCCACUUGUGGAGCACGCAAUAUUGAUUUGGUGAAGAGCUUAGGGGCUGACGAGGUUCUCGAUUACAAGACGCCAGACGGAGCAGCUCUGAAGAGCCCAUCAGACCAGAAAUAUGAUGCAGUAAUUCACUGCGCCACAGGCAUCCCUUGGUCCACCUUUAAGCCUAAUUUGAGUGCAAAUGGGAAAGUAAUAGAUCUCACUCCUGGCCUCAGUACCAUGUGGACCGUGGCUCUAAAUAAACUCACAUUCUCUAAGCAGCAGCUGGUGCCACUGAUUGUAAGUCCCAAAAAGAGUAACCUGGAUUAUCUUGUUAAGUUAGUCAGUGAAGGGAAGCUGAAAACCUUGGUUGACUCAAAAUAUCCACUUAGCAAGGCUGAAGAUGCGUGGGCUAAGAGCAUUGAUGGUCAUGCUACUGGAAAAAUUAUCGUCGAGCCUUAAAGAUUAUAACCUCUCCCUAUACAGAAUUAAUACCAUCAUGUCUGUAGGGCAGAGACUAUGAAUAACAACUUCGUAUUAUGGUAUAAGGCAAAGGCUCUCUCUCUCUCUCUCUCUCUCUCAGAUUACGGAUGUACUGCUUUGUAGGAAGUUAAUUUUUUAUGCACAAGCCUUUACAAGUAUAGUCUGCGGGCAUUGUAUUGUAGUUGAUCUAGUACUGUUGUAUGAACAACUGUGUUGAUAUGGUAAAUUUGGUUGUGGCUAUCUUUAUUAGUAAUUGUAUCAGGAA